AUAUUGCAAUUUCUCAAGGAUAUUAAAAAAAAGGACUUAAGAUUAUAUUAAACAUUUUUACAAUAUGAUCUAAUGAAUUAUCGUCAAAAAACGAAUUUAAGAAAAAAAAAAAUUUGUCAUAAUUUUCCCUUUCAACGAUAAGUAGGACAUACCGAUCCCUUCCUUUUUCUCAGUUUAAACGACACGUACGUAUCUGUUCGUAGUAAGAUAACUGUACGUUAUCAUAGAAGAGUCGAUGAUAUCAAGACCGUUAUCAUAACUUGUUACCUGUGAAUCUCAGUCCAGUAUCGUCUCGCUUAGUAGACUAUUUUAUCCGUAAACCUGUGCUCGUCAAAAAAUGCGGGAACGAACAUCGAGGGGUAUUUUUUACCCUUACAAAUUAACAAUGAGAGCGAUUCUUCUUCUCUAUAUUUCCGCGAUAUCAUUAAGUGGAAUCGAUGCUCAAACAGGAAAGGAGACUUUCGAGAGUGCUUUCGGAUUGAAUGUGCCAGAACAAACGGAAAACAAAGAUAAUGUAGCUUUGACGGAAAAUAAGAAAUCGGUUCCGUUGGAAUUGGAGGAUCUUGCGGAAACAGAUAAGAAAAAAAUCGAAACGAUUCGGGAAAAGUCUGACACGGAAACGGAACUUUUUAAAUCUGAUCCUCAAGAUUCGAAAAAAGAAGUUGAACAAAAUAUAGGGAACAUUUCCGAUAGGACUUUUGAUGAAAGAAUGGGAAAAUAUGUGCGAUAUGAUUCAGAUUCCCCGGAUGCCUACAGAUAUGCACCUCGAUCUGAUGAUUCAGUUCCCGAUUAUGUUCUCCUUGAAUCGAGAUUGAAACAAGUUCGAUCGGAAUUCAUGUAUUGGUAUUUUGACUUAGGAGGUGAAAGUGAACAUGGAGACUAUCAAACGGAUAUUCAUGCAUCCACGGUGAUCAUUCACAAGAAUUUGAAUUUUCAACUUCCUUUUUUCGGAUUUCGAUUCAAUUACACCAGGGUAACUGUCAAUGGUUUCUUAGAGUUUAGUGAUCCUCCAGAUUAUUAUACGCAUCCUUUGGUCUUUCCAAUUAAGGAUUGGCCCGAGAAAAACGAUCCAAGUUUUAUUGGGAUAUUUUUCAGUCAAUGUCGUAUAGGAAAACUUGGACCAAACGAUAUCGAUAAAAGAAGGCCUGGUGUAUAUUUUCGACUCGAAAGAGAUCUGCAGAGAAGGACGGAUCAAUUUGGCGUUGAAAUGAGAGAACGAGUCAAGUGGGAUAUUCGUGAAGGUGUCGUGGGUUCAGAUUCGUUCGAUCCAAAGCAUGCCGUUAUUGUCACCUGGAAAAACGUUUCCUUCAUCGGUGGCCUUGAUAAUGCUCUCUAUAAAACGAAUACCUUUCAAAUGGUUCUAGCUACGGAUGAAGUUCACACGUAUGCGAUAUUCAAUUAUCUGAAUAUUCAAUGGUCCGCUCACACAUCAGCUGGUGGUGACAACUAUGCUGGAGAGGGUGGAGUACCUGCAUUUAUUGGAUUCAAUGCCGGUAAUGGUACACAAAGCUACGAGUACAAACCUUAUUCUCAAACGACCACUUUACGAGACUUAACGGGUAGAGGAUGGGGCAAUGGUUUUCCAGGCCGUCACAUUUUUAGAAUAGACGAGAAAAUAAUGUUGGGUUCUUGUAAUAAGGAUAUAGCUGGUACUAACUUGCCUCUUGUAUUCGCUCCUGAAAGCGGAAACAUGUUGGGUGGUACGGUAGUCAAUAUCACAGGACCUUGCUUCAAUGAGACCGAGAAAGUCAGGUGUCUGUUCGAUACGGUCAUGGUGAUCGGUCAUGUCAUAGACAGAAAUCGUGCUAUUUGCGUUCAACCAUUCGUACAAGCAGAAGGUUACAUUCGCUUGGAAGUAGCUAUUGGUAAUAGCGGAAAGUUUAAUUGGAAAGGAAAAUAUUUCAUUGAGACACCUGCUACUGCUGCCGAAAAAAUUUCUUUCACUACGACAGCCGUUCAUGAACUUGAUCCAGCGGAGAUAAAGAUAACAUGGAACCAAUACAACUUGACGAGUAAUUUGAACGCAGGUGUUCAGAUAUCAUUAUGGGGUUAUAGAGAAACGAAGACUACUCCUGAGUUAAAAUUCAUUACUGACCUUGAAGUAUCACAUACUAAUACAGGAUCUUAUAUAAUCAGACCAGCGAAUUAUCGUGAUAAGUACAAUCUUGACGUACAAGAUAUUGUGUUCGGCUUUAUAAAGAUAAAUCUAACAGAUCCGGCUCAGUAUUCUGGAAUUAAUAUUUCACCAGUUUUAUGGAGUAAACCGAUUCCAAUUGCUUGGUAUUUUGGUCCACAAUGGGAAAGACUAUAUGGAUCUCGUUGGUCACAAAGAAUGUGUGAUAAGUGGAUUAUGAAUGAUAGAUACUUGAAAAAUUUUGCUGCUGAAAUUGCAUUAUGUCCUUGCACCCUGAAUCAUGCUCUCUACGAUAAAGGACGAUUUAUGCCAGACUUCGAUUGCGAUAAGGACUCAAAUCCCGAUUGCUAUUACAACAGUCAUGCGAGUCAUUGCGUGAGGACUGGUGCACCAAAUCUGUAUGGCUCGGAACAACAAUGUUGCUAUGACAAAAAUGGUUAUUUGAUGCUUACAUAUGAUCAGCAAUGGGGUUCGCGACCACGUCGUGCGCAUAAUUUGGGAUAUUUUCCGUGGAAUGAAGCUAACAAAGUACCAACUCUCUCACAGUGGUUUCACGACAUGGUCCCUAUGUAUUUGUGUUGUCUGUGGCAAGAGGAACAGGCAGUCGGAUGUGAAACGUUUAGAUUCGAGAGACGUCCUUCGCAGGACUGCAUCGCUUAUCAGUCUCCGGCCAUUGCAACGGUAUUCGGUGAUCCACACAUAGUUACGUUUGAUGGGUUGGAAUACACGUUUAAUGGAAUGGGAGAAUUCGUAUUACUACGAGUGGAUCAAUUGAGAGACAAACUCAAUGUUCAGGCUAGGUUUGAACAAGUUGAAAGAAAUUAUUAUGGAGCUGUUAAUGCCACUAAAUUGACAUCGAUUGCAGUGAUGGGAAAUAAUACCGCUACUAUCGAAGUACGGCUACGACAAAAACACUCUCAAUGGAGGUACCGUUUAGACGUUUUUGCAGAUAAGCAACGCGUCUAUUUCGAUAGACCGUCCUUAAAGUUUCAACAUUUUUCCGGUGUAGUUGUAUAUACUCCGACAUAUAUUUUAAAUCAGAGCGAAGUUAUCAUAAUGAUGGACACCGGUGCUGGUAUCGAAGUUAUAGAAAAUGAAGGGUUCAUGUCAGCCAGAGUUUAUCUUCCCUGGUCAUAUAUGAAUAAAACCAGGGGAUUGUUCGGAAAUUGGAGUCACGAUAUUACUGAUGAUUUCACGAAUCCGGACGGUCAAUUGGCAUCCGUAGGCAAUUUAAACAAUUUUGAAGACGUUCAUAAGAACUUUGCGAUGAAUUGGCUAUUGGAGGACAAGGAAACGGACGAUAAAGGGGCUGCUUUGUUCACAAGGGAGUUUGGUAGGACUGCGACCUUUUUUGCCAAUCGAAAAUUCCAACCGGAAUUUCAUCGAACGCCCGAAGAAAUAUUACCAGCUAAUAGAACGGAAGAUCGAAAUCGAGCGAACGCUUUGUGCGGAGAUUCGUAUCAAUGCAAGUAUGAUUACGCGAUGACACUCAAUCGGGAUUUCGCACACUUCACGAGAACUUAUUACGAUACCUACACGCAAAUAAAGGCAAUAAACGAUAAGAGGAUUAUAUCCUGUGGUAUAUUGGAAACACCACGUUUCGGGCGCAAAAGCAAUUUUCUGUUUAUACCCGGUGCCAAAGUAAGCUUCGAAUGUAACCAAGAUUUUAUACUCGUUGGAGAUCAACGUCGAGAAUGUACGCCGGAAGGACGAUGGAACAUUCCGGAGUAUGGAUACACCGAAUGUCUCCGUCAAAUCGAAUAUAGUCAACGUACUGCAUGGACAACCUUUGGUAUUAUAGCGGCAAUAUUAAUUCCUGCUACAAUAUGUGUCGGUCUUGCCUUUGUUUAUAUGAGAAAGAAUAGAUCUAAUGGAGAUUCGACUAAAUCUUGGCGUUAUUCUGAACGCAGCUCGGGAAUAGAUAACGAUUCUAUGUUGAUGAAACAAACUGUCCCUUUAAAAAUGGACGAUAGAGCAAUUUCACCAAUUAGCGAUAGUAGUCUAAGCUCACUAAGUGGUAUGAAAAAACCACGUUCUUAUGACAGGGUUUAUCAUACACACGAACCAUUACCGGACAGGCCUUAUAUCGAUUUUGAAGAAAAAGAUUGGGAUCUUAAAGAACCCGUCUCACCAACCGAAUCUGAGUUGACCGUAGAUUCCAUUAAAAAAACUGGAAGUCCUACGAGAGAAAGUGAUGUGUGAACUUUUCUAUAUCAUUCGUGUUUAAUUUUAUUAGAGAGUAUAUCGACGAGAAUGUGAAAAAUAAAUAAAAUUUAUAUUCACCGAGUAUUUCGUUCGAGGGACUGAAAGUAAUAUUUGUAUUUAGUAUUUCAAAGCAUUUCCAUUUCAUAAUAUUCUCUGUGUUCUUUUUUUUUCCAUAGUUUUUCAAUAUCAUAACAAAUUUCAGUGCGUCGCUAAAUCUCCUUCUCUUAUAUAUCUAUAUUGUAACAUCUUACUAUCUCUUCUAUAUUAGAAAUAAUUAGAAAAUAAUAAAUUUGUAUGUGCUGUGGAAUAGAAAUGCAAAAAAGGUAUAUUAUAUUAUAUUUACAUAAAAUUUUAUCACACAUGGUAUACAAUUACGAUUUGUACGAUUUAGCAAAUAAAAUGAGACGCAUCAAACAUUUUAUUAUUUAACUGAGCAAUUGUAAAAAAAUAAUGUCAGCUCUUUUAGAUGAUGUAUAAAAUAUAUCUUAAUAAAUUUUUUAUAGACCUUUA